AGACAGCAUCUAACAGAUAGCCAGAACAUUCAAUGGGUUACUUGAAAUCAUGAACCACAAGUCAUGGCUUUGGAAGAAAAGAUCUAUGGAGAAAACAAUCUUUGCAGUGGACAAAGCUGUCAAUCCUUCUAGAAUCAUUGAAGAAGAGGUACACAACCUUACAACAGAUAAGGAAACUGGACUGGAAAGAUCAUCAAUAAGUCUAAAUGAGAAGUUGGCAACAGUCCUCCUUGCUUCUCAUUCGGGAGAUGAAACUUUAGCAAAAUAUGCUCAAAAGUCCUCACAGGAAAUUAGAGGCAAAGACAAGACAAAACAGGAAGUGGAACCUGUUGAAGGUUUAGAUGGAAAAGCAUCUGCUGAAACUGUUUCUCCUAGAGAUGCAACAUUGCAGGAACCUUUGCAGCCACUAAACUGCGUUCAAGAAGAACAAGAGAAAAAAUUGUGUGAUGCCAUUCCAAAGAUAUCAAAAGAGCAUGAGAAGACUCGGAUAGAAUUGGAAGAGAAGUUGAGGGAAACAAGUAAAAGGAUAGAGGACUUAACUACUGAAAAUACUCAUCUAGCUAAUGCCUUACUAACCAAGGAGAAAUCAAUUGGUGACUUGGUUAAACAUAAACAAGAAACAGAUGCAGAGUUUAAUACAUUGAUGGCUAGGUUAGACUCCACAGAAAAGGAAAAUGCUUUCCUAAGAUAUGAGUUUCACAUGCUGGAGAAGGAGCUUGAGAUUCGGAAGGAGGAGAUGGACUAUAGCCGUCAGUAUGCAGAAGCAUCACAUAAACAGUAUCUUGAGAGUUCUCAGAAAGUCUCCAAAUUAGAAGCUGAGUGUCAAAGACUUCAUCUCAUGCUGCGCAAAAGAUCACCUGGUCCUGCUGGUUCGGUGAACAUGAAGAAUGAAGUUGGAAUGGUGAGAAGAAGAAAGUCAAAUCCUACCAGAGAUUUGAUUUGCAAAAAUAAUGACAUUGGAAACACCACUGAUUUGACUGAAAAAAAUUUCAGCUUGAUGAUCAAAAGUUUACAAGAUCUGGAUGAGGAGAACAAGGCUCUCAAAAGAAUUUUAACCAAGAAAAACUCUGAACUAGAUUCUUCAAGAAUCAUGUAUGCUGAAACCGCUUCUAGAUUAUCACAGGCUGAGAUUCUGCUUAGAAAGAUUUCUGAAAAUCAGAAGUCCAUGGAGCUAGCAAGGUGUUAUCCCACAUCAAAUGAACUUCCUUUGAUACCAAGUUUUGACAUUUAUAGUGAUGAUGAGGCUCUAUCUUCUGGAUCCUGGGCAAAUGCUCUUAUUUCAGAACUUGAACAUUUAAGAACUACAGAGGCUAAAAAUCACCGAAGCAGUAAAGCCAAUGAAGUUCAAGACAUGAGUUUCAUGGAUGAUUUUGUUGAGAUGGAGAAACGAGCUAUAGUUUCUAUAGAUACACCUCAAAAAGGAUACUGCUCUGACAUAACUGGAAGGGAGCUAGUGCCAGUUGAACAAGAUCAUCUAUGCUUCAGUGAGAGGAAACACGAGAUCAAAUCCAAGCAUACAACUGAAAAAUCAUUUGACUGGCUUCAGAUUGUUUUGAAUGCAAUCUUGGAGGAGAAAUUCAUAUCGAAGCGGAGUCUUGAUGAACUGUUUGAAGACAUAAAAAUAGCUUUGGGCUGCAUAAAUCCCACAGCUGCUUGUAAAUCUGACACAACUGAAAAGUCAAGGCAUCCUGGAGAAUCUGAUUCUUUUUAUGUUAACAGUUUCAAUGGUUUUGCAGAAGCAGAAAGCAAAAAACAUUUGAAUUCUAAUUUGAGAAAGUCAGUCCAUAGAAUUAUCAAGCUCAUUGAAGGGAUUGCUCCCAAUUCAUUUAUCUGCAACAAUAGUUCAGAUUGCAUGGAGGAAAACCAGCAUUCAGACACAUCCCAAUCGCCAACAUCAAAAGAAUAUUUUGUUCAUGUUUUCCAAUGGAAGGUCUCAGACUUGAAUCCCCUCCUGCAUCAACUUGUUCACACCUGCAAAGAUUUGUUAACAGGAAGAGCUGAUUUUGAGAAUUUUGUUGAGGAAGUGGCAUUUGCUAUGGACUGGAGCAUUAAUAACUGUGCCAACUCCACAAAUGCUUCAAUUGCAAGGGAUAAGAUCAAGAAGCAUUUCAGCUAUUAUCUACUCCAAAAUGAAAAUGAAAAUAAAACAGAUGUUGAAGAUAAACAGUCUUCUUACUCGCCCUCAUUUGCAUGUCCAGAUGAUCAGUGUGAGAUCUUCAACACAAAGAAUAGUCAGUGUGAUCACCUUGAAGAAAUUAGAACAUUGAAGGAUGAUUUGAGAAGCACCAAAACUGCAAGGAAAGACUUGGAAGUAAAGAUGCUUACAGCAAUCCACGAGAGUCAGAAGUUGACAGAACAAUGUCAAGAAGCACAAAAUAACAUCAAAGGUUUAGAAUCAGAAAUAGAGACACUGAAGGAAUCCAAUGCAAUAAUGGAAGAUCAGAUUGAAAAACAAAAGCUGAUAAAUGAAGAUCUUGACACACAGCUUACAAUGGCUCAGGCCAAAUUAAGUGACAUCUUCCAAAAGUUUUCCUCAUUAGAAGUCGAAUUAGAGGACAAAAAGCACUCUUACGAGGAACUAGAAGCAACAUGUCUUGAGCUUCAGCUCCAGCUUGAAAGCAUUGCAAAGAAGGAAUCUCCAACAUAUGGCAGAUACGAAGUAGAAAAGAUAUAUCAAACUGGCUGGGAGAUCACAUCUGCUUCAUCAAAGUUAGCAGAGUGCCAAGAAACCGUUCUAAACCUUGGAAAACAACUCAAGGCACUUGCUUCAUCAAGUGAAGCAGCACUUUUCGACAACAGGGUUGUCUCCACAACUAGUACUAUGGCCAACCCAACCCAGAAGAAGAACUUGAUCAAACGAUCCUCUCUACGCAAUCAAAUGCAAGCUGAGGAUGAAGCUAAAGCAGGGAAACAUCAAAAUGGGGUAAGUGAAAGUGAUAAAGAUGCGCAAAAGCCACCCCUUGUUCAAUCAGAAAACGAAAAUGCUCUUGAAACUCCUAAUAAUAGCAUUGUUAAAGGUUCAGAAACAAGUCUCACUUCAGAGCAAAAUGAUGGUAGGAACAAUGCCACUGGGUCUAUGGCAAUUGUGCAAAGUAAAAAGAAAGGAAGCUUUGGUUUUCUGAGGAAGCUGCUAUCGAGAAGAAAUAAAGGGAAGGGUAAGGGAACCAAGUUAUUGGCCAAAGCAAAGCACGAAUAAGAAUUUUGUUGCCUAGAAGUUUAAGCUCCCUGCUUCUGCUACCUGAUAUCAUGUUUGAAUUUAGCACGUCAUAGAUUUUGGUGUCACAUGCUUUUGUCUUUUAUUGGUUAGUGAUGGCUUUGAUGAGAGAGAGAGGGUUGCUUUUGUAAAUAUAGGUGGUGUACAGACGCAUUACUUCAUUGGUAUUUGAGAAUUGAGAUUAAACGGUG